GUGUUUGUAUUUUUGAAGAUGUCAGCCCUUAAACAGAGUCAUGUUUUGUGCUGUUAGCGGCUGUAUGUUUUCAUUAGGUGUCCUUAGAGGAAACCUUCACCAACAAAACGUUUUAUCUUUUUAUUUCUAACUUUCAGCUGCUGCUUUUAUCGCGACAACAACGUUUGAGCUGUUUGUCUGCAGCGGCACCAUGGCCAACCUGGAGCAGUGGGUGAGCGACCGUCUGCACGACAUCCUGGGUCUGAGCGACAGGUACGUCUCUCAGUUCAUGAUCGGCAUCGCUCGGAAAGCGUCCAGCGCCGAGGACUUGGUGGGUCGUCUGGAGCAGACGGGGACGAUCGACAUCGAUCCGAGCGUGUCGGCCUUCGCCAAGGAGCUCUUUGAAAAGAUUCCUCGCCAGCAGGCCGCGGAGAAGCCGUCCAGAGCGUUGGAGCGACAGGCCCUGGAGAUGGAGAGGAAGAACCGCACGUACACGCUGCUGGAGGACAGCGACAGCGCCGAGGAGGCCGACAGAGAGAAGCAGAAGGGAAAGAGGAAAAGCAAAGGCAAGGAGCGAGGAAACAAGAAGAAACACAUCCGGCAGAAACAAGCCAGCGAGUCUUCGAGUGAGGAAGAGACGUCGAAAAGGGGAGAUUCUGGUCGAGACGCUCAGACGUCUGUGAAGAGAGAAGAGGAGGAGGAGGAGGAGUGGGAGAAGGAGGAGCGAGAACGCCUGCAGGACAUCGAGGAGAGGGACGCCUUCGCUCAGAGGGUCCGGCAGAAGGACAAAGACAAGACGCGGAACAUCGCGGAGCGCACGGACAAAAAGGCGUACGAAGAAGCUCAGAAACGUCUGAAGAUGGCCGAGGACGACCAGAGGAACAUGCUGCCGGAGCUGAGGAAACGCUCCCGCUGGGACUACCUGAAGAAGAGGGAGGCGGAGAAGCUGGAGGACCUGGAGGCGGAGAUCUUAGACGAGGAGUACCUGUUCUCCUCGGCCGAGCUGACGGAGAGGGAGAAGAAGAGCCUGGAGUACAAACGCACCGUCAGAGACCUGGCCAAAGACUACAAACAGGCCGGAGCCAAGGAGCAGGAGGAGAGGAGGAACAGAUACUACAUGCCUGAGGAGACCAGGAGGAAGGAGGUCCCGCAGAAGGACCUGGAGCUGGAGGAGACCCCCAUGGAGCUGGGGGGGGAGCAGGGCCGCUGGGAGGAGGAGAGGCUGAAGACGGCCUCGCUCAGCUUCGGGGCCAAGAAGGAGCGCGAGCUGGGCCUGAAGGAGGAGCAGGAGCGCUACCAGCUGAUCAUGGAGGAGGACGAGAUGAUCGACUUCGUCAGCACGGCCAUCACCAUGAAGGGGACGCGCUCGCAGCAGGAGCAGGAGGAGGCGGCUCUGUCCCAGGCCGAGGUGAAGAAACGCUCCAUACAGGAGGUGCGACGCAGCCUCCCCAUCUUCCCCUACAGAGACGCCCUGCUGGCCGCCAUCCAGGAGCACCAGAUCCUGGUCAUCGAGGGCGAGACCGGCUCAGGAAAGACCACCCAGAUCCCUCAGUACCUGCUGGAGGAGGGCUACACCUCAGGAGGGAUGAAGAUCGGCUGCACACAGCCUCGCAGAGUGGCCGCCAUGUCUGUGUCCGCCAGGGUGGCCGAAGAGAUGAGCGUGAAGCUCGGUAACGAGGUGGGUUACAGCAUUCGUUUUGAGGACUGCACAUCAGAGAGAACCGUGCUGAAGUACAUGACAGAUGGCAUGCUGCUGCGAGAGUUCCUCACAGAACCGGACCUGGCCAGCUACAGCGUCGUCAUCAUCGAUGAAGCUCACGAGCGCACGCUCCACACGGACAUCCUGUUCGGCCUGAUCAAAGACAUCGCCAGGUUCCGACCCGACCUGAAGGUUCUGGUGGCGAGCGCCACGCUGGACACGGAGCGGUUCUCCUGCUUCUUUGAUGACGCUCCCGUGUUCAGGAUCCCCGGCAGGAGGUUCCCCGUCGACAUCUUCUACACCAAGGCUCCUGAGGCAGACUACCUGGAUGCCUGUGUGGUCUCGGUGCUGCAGAUCCACGUCACUCAGCCUCCUGGAGACAUCCUGGUCUUCCUCACUGGACAGGAGGAGAUCGAAGCCUGCUGCGAGAUGCUGCAGGAGAGGUGCAGGCGGCUUGGGUCCAAGAUCGCCGAGCUGCUCAUCCUUCCCAUCUACGCCAACCUGCCGUCCGACAUGCAGGCCAAAAUCUUCACGCCGACUCCACCUGGAGCCCGCAAGGUGGUGGUGGCCACCAACAUCGCAGAAACGUCUCUGACCAUCGACGGCAUCAUCUACGUCAUCGACCCCGGCUUCUGCAAGCAGAAGAGCUACAACGCCCGAACCGGCAUGGAGUCGCUCAUCGUCACGCCGUGCUCCCGGGCUUCAGCCAAUCAGAGAGCGGGCCGAGCCGGCAGAGUGGCUGCUGGGAAAUGUUUCCGUCUCUACACGGCCUGGGCCUUCAAACACGAGAUGGAGGAGACCACGGUCCCUGAGAUCCAGAGGACCAACCUGGGGAACGUGGUCCUGCUGCUGAAGAGUCUGGGUAUCAACGACCUGAUCCACUUUGACUUCAUGGACCCGCCUCCUCACGAGACUCUGGUUCUGGCUCUGGAGCAGCUUUACGCUCUAGGAGCCCUGAACCACCUGGGAGAGCUCACAAAGGUACAAAUGUUCAGAGGAGGUUCUGACAGUGGCAGCCAUGCUGUCGGUCAACAACGCCAUCUUCUACCGGCCCAAAGACAAAGUGGUGCACGCCGACAACGCCAGGAUGAACUUUGUGGUUCCUGGAGGAGACCACCUGGUGCUGCUGAACGUCUACACACAGUGGGUGGAGAGCGGCUACUCCACGCAGUGGUGCUACGAGAACUUCAUCCAGUUCCGCUCCAUGAGGAGAGCCCGGGACGUCCGGGACCAGCUGGAGGGCCUGAUGGACCGCAUCGAGGUGGAGGUGUUGAGCUGCCAGGGAGACAACAUCCCCAUCCGCAAGGCGGUGACGGCGGGGUACUUCUACCACACGGCCCGGCUCAGUAAAGGUGGCUACAAGACGGUGAAGCACCAGCAGAUGGUCUACGUCCACCCCAACAGCUCGCUGUUCGAGGAGCAGCCCCGCUGGCUCAUCUACCACGAGCUGGUCUUCACCACCAAGGAGUUCAUGAGACAGGUGAUUGAGAUCGACAGCAGCUGGCUGCUGGAGGUGGCUCCUCACUACUACAAGAGCAAAGAGCUGGAGGACAGCAGCAGCAAGAAGAUGCCCCGGAAACAGGGCAAGGCCAAGGAGGAGCUGGGCUGAGGACCGCCGGAGCACCGGGCGUGAGCGGGACAAGCUGAAGGGACAAACGUCCCCCCGUCAGGACAAACAUCCCCCCGUCAGGACAAACGUCCCCCCGUCAGGACAAACGUCCCCCCGUCUGUAAUACCAGCAGGUUUAUGGACCAGGUUCUGUUGAAGUGUUGGACAGGCGUUCAGGGAAAACUGGGCCCGGCACUCUUACAGGUUUAAUCAUAAACCAGAACCAGGAAACGGGCGGCUCGGCCCAACAGAACUUUACCACUGAAGCAGCUAAAGUUUCCAUUCAUUUCCCUGUUUUAUGUCCCUGCU